AUGUUGCUGCUACCGCGAGCAAGAUGCUUAGAUUUGUUGGGGAAGACCCACUUUCCGUCCGUGGGCAUCGAGCAGCUGAAGCAAAUCCACGCACAGAUGAUCGUAAGUGGCGCCCUCCGCCGGGACAGCGCCGUCGGUAGGCUGAUCGAACGCUACGCCGGGGUUUCAGCUCCAGAGGGCAUGAAUUUCGCCCAUCUAGCUUUCCGCUACCAUGCCAGGGAGGCCGACGUGUUCACCUGGAACGUCAUGAUCCGGCGCAGCCCUCCGCAAGAAGCUAUCUUGCUCUACGCCCGUCUCGGUGCCCGCAGCGGCGGCGGCGGUGGCGCGCCGGCGCCGGACGAUCGAACGCUCAUUUACGUCCUCGGCGCGUGCGCCCGCUCUGCUGGCCUGCGAGAGGGGAUGCAAGUUCACGCCCAGAUCGUGAAGACCCGGCCGCCGGAGGCCAUGGAUGUGGCGGUCCUCACGACAGGGGUCCAUUUCUACGGGAGUCUCGGGGAGAUCGACUCUGCCCGGCAGCUGUUCGACGAAAUGCCGAGAAGGAGCAGCGCAACGUGGAACGCCCUGAUGGCCGGGUGCUGCCUCGGGGGGGGGGCUGCCGAAGCGGCGGCGUUGUUCAGAGACCUGCUUCUCGAUGAGGGGGGCACGAGGCCGACGGAGAGGACGAUGGUGGUGAUGCUCUCCGCCUGCGCCCGGCUCGGCGAGCUGGCUCUAGGGAGCUCGAUCCAUGGCCACAUAUUGAAGGCCAUCUCCAUCCAAGACGAUGCCUUCAUCGGCACUGGGCUGGUGGAUAUGUACUCGAAAUGCGGGUGCCUGAGCAGCGCGCAGAUGAUUUUUGCGGAAACCAGAGAGAAGAACGUCUUGACCUGGACGGUCAUGACGGCGGCACUCGCCUUCCACGGCCGAGGAGAGGCGGCCAUCGAGCUGCUUGACGCGAUGCUCGCCGAGGGUGUAUCCCCCAAUGCCGUAACCUUCACCUGCCUGCUAUCCGCUUGCUGCCACGCAGGGCUGGUGAACGAAGGCCUGCACCUGUUCGAGACCAUGACCCGCAGGUUUGGCGUCGCGCCGAGCGUCCAGCACUACGGCUGCGUGGUGGACCUUCUCGCUCGGGUGGGCAUGGUGGAGGAGGCCCUUCGGUUCGUCACAGACAUGCCGAUGGCGCCGGACGCCGUGCUGUGGAGGACGUUGCUGUGUGCCUGCAAGGUCUACGGCCGCAGCGCGCUUGGGGAGGAGAUUGGGAGGAAGCUACUGCAGCUGGAGAGGGGACCCGAUGGGCCCCCAUGCGGCGCCGCCGCUGCAUGCGAGGACUACAUCGCCUUGUCGAACAUAUAUGCCGCCGGCGGGAUGUGGGGAGACGUGUUGAGGCUGAGGGAGGCGAUGAAGCGCGACGGCGUACAGAACAAACCCGGGAGCAGCUCUCUACAGAUAAAACCCGGAGCCCCUUGUGGGCAGGUGAAGCUCCUCCGCUGA